AUGACAGAAUCUGAGUGUCAAUUGGCGAUCUCAAUGACCAGCAACUGCGAGGAGAAACAAUUGGGUCACGAGGUUGGCGACGCGUUUGAGAUAAUUUGCUUGCUCCCCACCACCUACCUCCUCUCAACAGCGAAAGCGAUGCCACGGACGAUCCUGAUCACAGGCGCUACAGGACAACAGGGAGGUGCCACUCUGAGAGCUCUGGCCGAGUCCAUCAGGCUUUCCGAAGGCCUGUCAAUCAGAAUUAGAAUUUUGGCUUUGACACGAGAUGCUUCAUCCGAGAAGGCGAACACGUCGCUUAGUAUUCCUGGUGUGCAGGUAGUACAGGGAGAUCUCAACGAUAAAUCUAGUAUCGACAAGAUCUUCGAACUUUACGCGAUUGACUCAGUCUUUAGCGUUCAAGAUGUAUUUCAAGGGAAUGAAGUUGAGCAAGGUACGACUCUAGUCGAUGUGGCUGUGAAGCAUGGAGUCAAACAUUUCGUAUAUACCAGUGUUGGCAUGUCAGGACUCAGUCCCAGUCCAGUUCCUCACUUCGAGACCAAACGUCAGAUCGAGGGGCACCUGAAAUCUCGAUCAUCCCAAUCACAGAUACUAUCGAUGGGGACCAAGUGGAAUCCCAAUCAACGGUUCAAGCAUAUUGCCACGUCUGAUAUCGGUCAAGCGGCAGCUGAAAUACUCAUCGCUGGAUCUCAAGAGAAGAAAUUCAGAAAGAGAAUUAUCUAUCUAACCGGUGAUGCUCAUACACCGGAUGAAAUCAGGAAGAUAUUCAAAGAGGGUAGGAAUGUCUCCUGGGAGGAUUCUGAACAGGAUGUAGAGGUUGGUACAGAGUUAACGAAUGCUCUCAAUACUAUCAACGUUCAUCCAUUCGAAGGCACUCCGGAAGAGACAAGAAAGCUUUUCCCCUGGGUGAAAGACCUUCCAAUUUGGCUGGACACUGAAUUUCACGCAGGGCUGAUCAUCGGAUAG